UACCUUCCCCUUCAUAUUCCAUCUUCUCAACACCAACACAAAACCCUCUCUCUAUCUCUCUCAAAAAUCCAAUCCUCCAUAUUUCUCAUUCAUUAAAUUGGUCAUUUAAACAUUUCCAUAAAAGGUAAGCCAACUUUCUCAUACAAUUUUAUUGCAACAAUUGUUCAUGUCUUUCCUUUUAUAGUAAUUACACUUUCCAUUAUAUGGAGUAUAUAUAUACCCCCAUGCUUUGCUUCCCUUCCACCUUCCCAAAUCUUAAUACAGAGACAUAGGCCCACAAAUAAAGGAAAUAAUUUUUUACAGAAGGAGAGAGAAAAUGUAUGAUCAGACAACAACAGAGGCUGCUGCUGCUUGUUUUGACCCAAACAACAUCUCAGAAGCAGCUGCUGCAACUGCAAUCCAUACUGUUAAUGGAAAUGGGUUUGUUUCCCAUGAAACAAACAAUCACAAUCACAUCCACCAAACCCAUGAAUCCGAUUCCUCCAUGGAAUUCCAAAACCCUAAUCUUGGGAAUGGGUUUGGAAUUAUUCCAACUGAUGAUCAAAGUAAUCAUGACCCCAAUACCAAUACAUGGGGUCCCACAAAUGUGAAUCAUGAAAUGGGUGUUGGUAGUGGUGGUGGUUUUAGCCAUUUUGAUGAAAAUUUACACCCUACAACUGAUCUUCUUACACUUCUACACUUACCUAGAUGCUCUUUUACAUCCUCCUCCACCACCUCACUCCUCCCAACUAACCAAUCUCUCUCCUUUGGGAAGCCAUCUUCGCCACCACCUUCUUCCGCUUUAGGGUUCCUAGGGGACAUUAACCCUUGUAUGAUGGUGGAUAACCCAUCUGGGUCUGGAUCCUCUACCAUUUCUUAUGACCCAUCAACAAUAACAGGUGCUACCGCGACAGCCUUCUCGUAUGAUCCUUUAUUCCAUCUUAACUUACCCCCUCAGCCUUCCCCUCUUUUGAGGGACCUUAUGUAUCAUCAAACACUGCCUCAUGGGUAUAACAAUACUGGAAGAUCAGGAAAUGGGAUUUUAGGAAAUGGAAAUGGGAAUUCAUCUUGUUUGUUUGGUGGGUUGGAUGAUGGUGAUCAAGGGAAUACUAUGAAUGGGAUUUACCAAGAUGGGGAUCAUCUUAUUCAUGGAAAUGGUGUUUUUGAGUUUAGUAAAGGUGAUGGGAAAGGGGGUAAAUGCCCUAAGAAUUUUGUUACUGAGAGACAAAGAAGGCAAAACUUCAAUGACAAGUAUCAACAUCUUAGAAGCCUUGUUCCUAAUCAAACCAAGGGUGACAGAGCAUCAAUAGUUUUUGAUGCAAUAAACCACAUAAAUGAGCUGAGAAGAACAGUGGGAGAGCUGAAACUACUGGUGGAGAAAAAGAGGAUGUCAAAGGAGAGGAAGAAGAGGCACAAGACUGAUCAUCAAGACACCCUUAAUAUUAAUGGCACUACUGCUACUACUACUACUUGUACUGGUGAUGGGGACCACAACAGUAACGUUGUCGACGGACCGGCCGUGGUAAAACCCGACCCGGACGAGGAAUUUAACGGGUCGGCCGCCAUCCAGCUCCGAAGUUCGUGGAUUCAGAGGAAAUGCAAGGAUACAGAAGUUGAUGUUAGAAUCGUGGAUGAUGAUGUCACCAUUAAGCUUGUGCAGCGUAAGAAGAUCAACUGCUUACUGUUUGUGUCUAGAACUCUUGAUGAGCUUCAGUUGGAUUUACGCCAUGUUGCUGGUGGUCAUGUUGGGGAUUAUUACAGUUAUCUUUUCAACUCUAAGAUAUGUGAAGGGUCAUCAGUGUAUGCAAGUGCAAUUGCAAACAAGCUGAUAGAAGUUGUGGAGAGACAGUAUGCUGCUGCUUCUGUUGCUGUUGCACCCACUUCCAGUUAUUAAGUUAUUAGCUAGCUCAUUAAUUAGUGGAUCGAUUAAGAACAAAACUUAAUUAACUGUAGUUUACUCUUUUCUAACUAAUUUUAUUGCUGCUUUGUCAACUUAAUUAAUUAUGUUUCCACCAACAAUAGUAUGCUACUAAUUGGUGUUUAGUUAACAGUUUAUUAGCAUAUAAAGUGUCUCCAAUUCUACAUAUGUAUUUGUUCUUCACAUUCACAUUAAAGGAAAGACUUGUAUUAAAUA